UUGAUUCAAUAUAUCCAAGCUAGGUAGCGGUCUUUCUAUGAAGAUAACGUCAACUCUGAUGAAAUUUCAAAAUGUCGACUACCUAUGAAUUAUUGGUCGGAGACUGGAGAUUGGGUCCGCAACUUGUUUUAGAAAUCCGGGGGGAAGGCGUAAGUGGGUGAAGUGUUAUUCAUGGGUGAGAUUUCUAUUUUAUGGAUGGUGGCAAAGCUAACAAGUAACAACAAUGAAGUUGGAUGAUGGUGGUGUUGUGGUGAGGCUAAGACGCUAAUUGGUGGACUUGGGCAAAGGUGGUGUGGUGGCAUUUGUAGGUAUGGUUUUACUAUUCGUGGUUAAUAGCGGUGGUAGUGUCGGGCGGUGGUUUGAUGAUAGUGGUGUCUUGUUAAUGAUUAUAGUAGUAUUCAGUUGAGGAGGGUUGUGGAGGAUUAUCAGGGAAACAACUCGAUAAGGGUACUCAUUCUCUUUGUAUUUAGUGUAGCUUGUUAAUCAAACAAAGCUUAACUUAUCCGGCUUGAAUAUUUUUUCAUUUUCUAAUUUGAAUCUUUCAUAUUUGAUUUUUGGUGCGAUUUGAUAGAAAUGAUGGGUAAUUAAAUAGGAGGAAAGGAAGUAAAUAGUACGAGUGUAAGACUAAGUCAUGAGAUAAGAAUAAGAUAGAGACGACCUACUAAAACAAUAUGGAAAUUGGAGGACUAAGAUUACCACAAAUCUUAAAAAUAGAUCAUCAACCUAAUACUAAAAGUAAAAAAAAAAAUUAUAUAAGUAUGUGGAAAGAAAACCAUCCUUAUCCCGAACACAAUUUAGCAGAUACUAGCAGUUUGAGUUUACCACCUCCUGCAAAACCAACCACAUUGCAAGUUUUUGCAAUUAACAACAGCACACACUAGUCACUAGUCAGUACACUUAUACAGUAUGCCCCACUCGGCACUCCCUCUGCACGAAAUAUCGACGCAUCUUUACGGAAUGUCUUGUUUCUUCCAUUUUAGUAUUUAGAUUUUGCAUGGCCCUCUCUCUCAAAUUUUACUCCCUACAACCACUGUUAAAAUAUAGUAAUAGUAAUAGUAAUAGUAAUAUCUGCUGCUAUGCUAAUUGCUAAGAGUAUAAUUCUCUAAGAAAAGUAAAGUUAUCGUUGUGUGUAGCUGUAUCCCCCUUCAUUUUACCAGAAACUUCCUUCUUAUCUCAUCCUCUGCUUUCUUCCUCUCUUUAUAUCCCACUUCCACAACUCCAAACUCAAUAUCAUUUACAAACUACCAAGUAUUUAAAACACCAGCUAACAGCUUUAGAGAGAGAAGAUUAAGAAGAGAACAGUUUUAUUUUCCAUGGCUUCCUGUAUUUUAUUCUUGUCCCUCUUCUUCUGUCUUUCAUUGUUUUCCCUAACAUCCCAACAAUUACUUCUUCCUCUUACUCACUCUCUCUCUAAAACCCAUACCCAAUUCACUUCUUCCCACCACCUCUUAAAAUCCACCACCGCAAUCUCCGCCGCGCGCCACCGUCGCCACUCCAACAAACAAGUCUCUCUCCCACUCUCACCUGGCAGUGACUACACCCUCACCUUCACCCUCAACUCUCAAACUCUCUCUGUUUACAUGGACACUGGAAGCGACGUCGUUUGGUUCCCCUGUUCUCCCUUUGAAUGCAUCCUCUGUGAUGGUAAAUACCCUCCUGGUACUCUCUCCUCUCUCAACGUCUCCAAAUCUUCUCUCCUCUCGUGCAAGUCACGUGCUUGCUCUGCCGCCCACUCCUCUGUAUCCUCCUCCGACCUCUGCGCUAUUGCCAAGUGUCCACUUGAUGAGAUUGAAAUUUCGGAUUGCUCUAAUUAUGCUUGCCCUUCUUUUUACUACGCUUAUGGUGAUGGAAGCUUGAUUGCGCAACUUCACAAAGAGAAUCUUCUGAUGCCUUCAUCAUCAAAUGAUAAGCCUUUAAUUCUUAAGAAUUUUACUUUUGGAUGUGCUCACUCUACUUUAGGGGAACCUAUUGGAGUUGCUGGGUUUGGAAGAGGCUCUCUCUCUCUUCCAGCUCAGCUAGCUAACUUCUCCCCUGAAUUGGGUAACCAAUUCUCUUAUUGUCUAGUUUCUCACUCCUUUGACUCUACGAAACUCCGACACCCAAGUCCACUCAUCCUAGGAAAAAACAAGGAGAGGGAAUUUGAUAAAGUUUCCUUAUUUGCCUACACUCCUAUGUUGGAUAAUCCUAAACAUCCCUAUUUUUACUCCGUUGGGUUGGAGGGCAUUUCCGUCGGAAGUCGCUGGAUUCCGGCACCGGAGAAUUUAAGGAGAGUUGACUCUGAGGGAAACGGCGGGCUUGUUGUAGAUAGUGGGACAACAUACACCAUGUUGCCAAGCGGGUUUUACGAGUCGGUUGCGGGUGAGUUAGAAAGGCAGAUAGGGAAGGUGUUUAAGCGGGCGAAAGAGACGGAGUUGAAUACCGGGUUGAGACCGUGCUUUUAUUUGCAUGGUGGGAAGGGUAGUGUUGGUAAGGUGGUGCCAAGUUUGGCGUUACAUUUAGGAAUGAAUUCGAGUGUGGUACUUCCUAAGAGGAAUUAUUUUUACAAGUUUAUGGACGGUGGUAUUGGUAAUGGUGAUGAGGUGAAGAAAGGGAGGAGAGUAGGGUGUUUUAUGAUGAUGGAUAGUGGUGAUGAGGGGGAGAGUGGGCCAGGGGCUACACUUGGGAAUUACCAGCAACAAGGUUUUGAGGUUGUUUAUGACUUGGCUCAACGACGCGUGGGGUUUGCUCCAAGGAAGUGCGCAACUUUGUGGAAUAAUCUUAACCAGCAUUAACUGGUAAGUAUUUUUUGGGGGUUGACUUUUUUCAUCUAAGUCAACAGGGAGAGAGCACGCCCGCACGUGGGGGAGGGGACUCGUUAAGGUUAAUUUUGAUGCAGCAAUCAGCAUGCAGGGUGGGUGGAUUAAUGACGUUGCAUUCAUUGCCCCUUUGGUUGGGUUUUACUGUCACUCUUGGCCUUGGGCUAUAGCCUAUAGCCUAUAGCCUAUAGGAGGGUUAGUAUACUUUUCAUUUGUGCAGAUAGGACUUGAGAUGAAAAGUUAAAGAAUGGUUCAAUAAGAGGAAAGACGUGUAAAAAACUAAACUAAAAAUUACUGUAUCUCUCAUCUUCAUUGUAAAUACAGUAUUUUCCGUCAAAAAAAAUAAAAAAUAGAGUAUUGUUGUAAUUGUAAGUAAACUUUUUACUUUUUAGUGAUGUUUAUUCAGAGUUGUUAUUGAAAUAGAGUGCCAUCUGAAUUUAAUUAGUUUCUGUAUUGCCAAAAAGGAAACUAAAUUAAGUAUGUUGUAGUUGUA